CAUCCGACAAAUCAUAGAUGAAGUCGACGCGGUAUUUGCAAAGUGAGCGUGAAGCAAGGUCCAGCAGUGGCCGUGUCGUCGGUAGUGCUCAGAGAGACAACAAUCGCAAACGACAAUCGAAAGAGCCUGCCAUCCCCUCCGAUUUCACGGUGGGAAGGAAGAAGGCAUGUCCGGGAAGUGGGCAACACGAUACCAGGCAAAACGAGGAGGAAGAAGGCGAAUAUGAAGAGAGACAAUCAUCAAGACAAGGCGCGGAUGGUGGCCGAUCACGCAAAGGGCCCCCCUAUCACUGCAUGACGCCGGAGGACGGCUGUGAGGACCUACUGUUUCAGACCGUAGAGGAGCUCUGGGAUCACAUGAUGUGCCAACACAAAAAGAACAAUUGCUGUCUACUUUGCGAGGAGAAGUUCGUUUUGAUCAACAAUCGAUGGCACUUUCGGCCGCGGAAUUACAAGAUUCCGAACCUACCCACGCAUGCUCAGAUGAAGAACCUCUUUUUCCGUCAUCCCGCGGCUAUGAAGUGGCAUAUACUACGGAUCCACAUCCGGUCCUAUCAAUGCAUGUUGUGCGUGGGCCCGCCGGACAGGCGUCCGCGAUUCGAGAAAAGGGCCUACGCAAAGCAUCUCAAAGAAAAGCAUCGCAUACAGGACAAGACCAAUAUCCCCAAGCACUCCAACAUGGAGUAUCCCGCGCUCAAGGAGCUAGCCAAAAUGUUCGAAGGAGCAUGCACCAAGGCCACGAUGCAAGGAUUUCUGUAUAAGAACGGCGUGAAAAUCUACGAUUACGAGGACGGCACGGACAGACUCCUGAAUCCUCCGCGACCACAGGAGAUUGCCGAGGAAUCGGAGAGCCAGCCAAGAGGACAUUUUCACGAGGGCUCACAGGCAGCCCAGACACCCGAGGCCGCUUCUCAGCAGGGCUCUUGGCUCCGAGAUCGCUCCCGUGGUCUAUCUCCUGCUUAUCCAGGAUCACCGGCAAGAUUCACCACCGUGCCUCUUCCCUCCGGCCACCACCAACACGAAGCUGCCAAUGUCCACCCCCUUCUCGACCCCGGACUGCUCCCGGAGCCGAGCCGCGCACAUCAACCGUCCGGCGCCUCCUAUCAGCCCCGCUCAAUCGCGCCUAGCUGGAAGCCCCCCGCUCACGAAGUGCGCGCCUACCACCCGCGGCACUCCAGCGCGGCGGUAAACCCCGCCAUCGGCCCCGCGAUGGAAGACUACCGAAGGACAUACAACCUCACCGACAGCGAGUGCGCGGUGAUCGGGUCGCUGCCGUGGCAGCAGCGGUCCGAUCUCGCCAACCUGCUCAAGAACUUCGAGCGAGUGUCGUCGUACUGCGGUCCGCACACCGAUGGCGGCGACGAGGCCGCGCGAGUCAUCGCCAAGAUGCUAAACUCCGAGCCCUCGCAAGCGCUCAGUAAGACCAUCGAGAAGUUCCAAGCAGACCUCGAUUUCCCCCGCGUUUGGAACGAUAUGUUCCAUGGACGGCCUCCGACGCCGUUCAAGCUGUCAAAUCGUGAGCCCGCUGUGCUAUAUUACAUGUAUCACACUAAGCCUACCUGCUGAUUUUCUUGCACAGCCCUCAUUCCUGCUCCCGACAGCGGACACGAAACCUUCCUCACCCAGUGAACUAGUCGCGGCAUCCUGGCGACUAUAUCAGAGGAUCACCCACGGGGGAAUCGACAUGCAUACAUGGGGGAUCCACAGUCACGAUGCGGUGUGAUUCCCCACAGCGAGACCGUGCACCGGAGGUCCGGAGGAGCGCUUCGGUGUGGUGUGGGACUUGCUACCGGCGAUGACGCCAGAAGAUCGACUACGGAUUCAAACUCGCAGCCGACUUGAAGCCCCUUCAUCGCAUCGCAUCUUCCCUGAUCCCCCACAACUGGCAUUCGGAGAACAGUUCAUCUGGAAACAGCUGCGCACCGUGGAGAUCGUAGUCUCCGUGCGGCCGUGGGAAGCGUUAGGGGAGGGGGCACAGCUAGCGUCGAGACCGUCAUUGGGACACACGGAGGCGCUGGAGGAGGGGG